AUCCUCAGCCAGGACGGUUAAUGGAUUUCAGAGAGCAUCAAGUGGCGUGUAGAACCAAACAUGGAGCGAAAUGUUGGCUCUCUACAGGAGGAGGCCCUGAAUAGAAAAGAGAGGUUAAAAGCACUAAGAGAUAAAAAGAUUCAUGGGCGAGAGCAGGAAGAUGGGGAGCCAGAGAGCAAAAAAGCUUCAUUAGAGGAGACUACUGAAGAAAGGCACAGAGAGCUGAAGCUGAGGAAUUAUACUCCAGAGGAUGAAGAGCUGAAGGAGAGGCAGGUGCCCAAAGCCAAACCUGCAUCAGUGGAGGAUAAAGUAAAAGACCAGUUAGAAGCUGCUAAUCCAGAACCCAUCAUUGAAGAAGUGGAUUUGGCCAACCUCGCCCCAAGAAAACCAGACUGGGAUCUGAAACGUGAUGUGGCAAAGAAACUGGAGAAGUUGGAGAGGAGAACACAGAGGGCCAUCGCUGAGCUCAUCCGAGAUCGUCUUCGAGGCAGCGAGGAGGAGUUGGCAGGAGCGGUGGGAGCAGUGGGAGUGGAGGAGGGAGACUCAGACUGAAUCUGAGAUGUGACUGAUUAAAAAAGAGGAGACUACAGAGGGAUGACCUCAGUUUACUGGGACUGUAUUGUCACAUCUGUGUUGUGCUCAGAGAGACAGCUUCUUUUAUCGCUGCAGGGAGUAAUGUUUUCUGUCAGGUCCUCAUAUUCCCACCGUGAGUCCUGCUUUGUAUUGUUUGUAUGGCAUAUGAAUAUGCCACAGAACAUUCUGUAACCAUUGAUAUUUUGUUGUAAUUGUUUAUAUUUCUAGUAAAAUAAUGUAAAUUUUUCAAAUGCCCGAUCAUUAUUUUCAUGAAUAUUUUCUCUAUAUGAAAAGUAAGAAGGGGUAAAAAUCCUCUAUCACGCCAUAGUUUACACCUAUCAGUCAAUCAGUCCUGGCAUUUGACAUGUACAACCCACCCAGAUAUUUGUUGCAGUCCAAGGACACCCUCUCAUGGAUAUUUAGUGCUCAAGCAGCCAACCUGGCCUCGAAUUUCCCCAGAUCCCAAUCUGAUUGAGAAGCUGUGGGACAGCUUGGUACCCAAGAGGUACCCUCAAUCCACAGUGGGGCCUCCUUGGAUCAGAUUUGGCUCUCACCUGUUGAGACAUGAACACAGGACCUCUGGGGCGUGUCCUGGAGCGUCUGGCAGUGGAUAAGGUUGGGUGCCAGCACGUCCCACAGAUGCUCGAUAAGAUUAGGAUCUGGAGAAUUUUGAGGCCAGGCUGACACCUUGAGCUCUUUAUGACAUUCCUCGGGCCAUUCCUGACCAUAUUUUGUGGUGUGGCAUGAUGCAUUGUCCUGCUGGUGGGCCAUGGCCAUUGGGGACUGCCGUUGCCAUAAUGACGAGUACUUGGUCUGUAACGGUGUUUGGGUGUGUGGUGCGUGCCAAGUGGCAUCCACAUGAAUGCCAGGACCCAAAGUUUCCCAGCAGAACAUUGAAUUGUAAUAAGAUGAUCAAUGUUAUUCACUGCACCUGUCAGUGGUUUUAAUGUCGUGGCUGAUCAGUGUAUGUGACUCUGUACCUUGAUAUUAAUAUAUAUUGCAAUAUGGCACAUUUUGUGGAAAAUUACUGUGUCAAGCUUAUACUAAAAAAAUCAUAAAAUACUUAAUUCAAAAUAAAGUAAUUUAAAAUGGAAAUAUAUUUCCAUAAAGAAGUUUGCCAAAUUGCCCAAAACGACCUCAUAAAUCCAGAGAUGUUCAAGGGAUAGUAUUGCAUUUAUAUGGCGUCAUUAUUUUUUAAUUGUUUAGUCACUGAGCAUCCAAAGAUAAGAAGACGCUUUUUAAAUACAUCAUAUUUAUUCAGAAAAUGAUCUGAAAAUUCAUGAUAGUUACUGCAACAUUAAUGUCUUGCUACUAUUGAAUCAUGUUGAUCCAAUGGGUGAUAAAUAGAGGAACAAUGACAAACAGAUAACAAUAAGCUGUUUUUCGUAUGACAUUCACUGGUGAUAUCUAUUGCAAGCACCUAAAUACCUGUUCUGAACUGAAAUGCUCCUAUUCGUUCACAAUAAAGUGCAUGUUCUGUCUA